CAAGUUUAAGCUCAUCCGGUAUUGAUUCUAGGGUGCCCCUUGACAUUCCAUUUGAGUCAAGAAUGUUUCACAAGUCAAAGGAGGCUACACUUAGGAGAAUGUAUCUACACCGCUUGUGCAUAUCCAGAAAUAUUGGUCAUGUGUAUGGAUUCAUUGAUCCACACACCAUUCAAGGAGUAGGCAAUUCUGUAAAUGAGGUGCAAACUGCAUUGGAGGCAAGCCGUAGGCUCAACUCAAGAAAGGGAAGAGUGAAAUGGAUUAUUCCUAUGUCUCGAAUGCAAGUUGGGAGUUAUGAAUGUGGUUAUUAUGUGAUGUUGCAUAUGUUGAAUAUUGUUUCGGCGGUAAUUCUUGAAAUGUGGGAUGAGCGAUUCGCUAAUCCGGAACCAUUUUCAUCAGAAGAGAUUGAUGAAGUACGAACUCGUUGGGCAUCAUAUUUCUUAGAAAUGACGCAAUCCAUCAACGACACAUGACGAACGUGUUUGUUUAAGUUUUUGAGUGAUGAUGAGACUUGUAACUUUAUACAAUGGGUUAUUACUCUAGACUUGUGCAAG